UGCGCGACGAGCUGGCGCAGCGCCAGCGCGCGCUGCUGGCGCUGCGCCAGCAGGCGGCUGGUAUCACCAAGCACGUGAAGAGGGCGGCCUACACGAAACGGAUCUUAGAGAUCGUCGGCAGUGUGAAGAAGCAGCGCCAGGCCAUCUCAGCAACCAUCGAAGAGACCAAGGCACUGCGGAAGAACAUCAACAUCACGUCAGACAGGAUCGCCCGCACGUUCCAGAUGGCGGAGGAGCUCAUCUUCAAGGACGCCGCUGGGAACGAGUGGUCUCGUGCCUCGUACCGCGGCCUGGUGGCGCUGCACGACGCCUGCUCCGAGCUGGUGGCGCUGGUCGAGCAGACGGCCUCGCUCAUGCGCCAGGGCCGCCGCGUGCAGGAGAUGAUCGACGUCGAGCGAAGCAAGCACGUGGAGAAGAACCUGGAGCAGGUGCGCUCCGACCUGGAGAAGGUGCGUCUGGAGAACCAGCAGCUGCGCGCCUCCUGACAGGCCGACCGGUGACCGCUGGCAGCCGCCGGAACCGGGCCUCACCGGCUGCGGCGCCUCACUUACAGCUGUGCCGCACCGUGCGCCGCGCGACCCGACCAGCGGCCAACACCGCACCUGUCGGUGCCCGAUGCGCUCGUGGUAACGCUGAGCGGGCGGUGUUCCCGCACUGCUCUGAGCGCGACAGAAGCCGACUGGCGCCUGUGAUAGUUUGUCAUGAGUUGAGGAUCGAUCGAUCACUGCCUCGUGACCAUUUGGGACCAACCUUUGGUUAUCAGACCUGAGCGCGUGGGCUGCCAUCUGGUAUGACGUUGAGUACCUGCCAUAAUGAUAGCAAUUUAUCGUCAUGUAAAGUGGUAGUGUCAUACAGUUAUUGGCCAUCCUCAGCAAACUCGGCCGACGCAUACAGAUGCACCUUGCGCCGUCGCACGGGGCACCCUUGGCGCCUGAUGUCAGUAAAAAUAAAUGUUAACUGAAUAAACAAUACUACGGUAUGUUAA